CACGCGCGCGAUGACGUCGGUCCGAGUUCGUUCCGACUUCAUUUCACACGACUCGAGGCAUUCCACGACGCAUCGACAAAUGCUUACACAUCAAUCGCCUUUCCUCCACUCCGUCUCGACAUGACCAGGCAAUCAUAGCGAGGCAACAUCAGGACCACAACAACUCAAUUGCCCACCGACUCAACAUGCCCUCCCUCGGCCCUCUAAUCCGCAUGCGCGCCCUCGCAAUCGACGACCUCCCCCACCACCCCUCCCUCUCCCACUCCGAAAACCAAACCGGCACCGCAAUCGAACCCUUCAUCGCCGCCGCCCUCUCCGAAGCAACAACCUUCAUGCAAACCUACCUCCCGCAAAACUUCCGCGUGAAAGCCGCAUCAAAAUCCUCGCCGCCGUCAACAGCAGGCGUCAAACUGCUCGAAUGCAGCGUCGUGCCCUCUGAACUCCCGGCCGAAGUGCGCGGCAGCAGUAGUGAGACAUGGUUCGCGCGCGUAAGCGUGCAUUCCAACGAAGCAAAGAGCGGCACAGCGAGCUGGGAGGAGUUCGAUUCCGGCCUACGGAAAAAUCACAGCCAGCAUGAGAUGGAGUACACGCCGGACGUGUACGAUGCGCACGAGGUGCUGAAUUGGGACGCGCAGCUGGACGCGGUGCAGCGGCGGGUGGGCGAGUGGGAGGAGGUGCACGUGGCGGUGAUGGAGAUGGCGCAUAAAAUCCCCAUGCCGCUGAACAACCGCGUCUUCCCCGAGUUGGUGAUUACGGCGCGCAAAGGCGAGAGGGAGUUUAUUGUUGUGCAAAUUCCCGUGUCGACGAACGACUUGCCGGAGGCAAAGUAUCGCAAUGAUAGCAGUGUGGUGACGGGCAUGUAUUGCAGUGUGGAGCUGGGGGAGGUGAUUGACGAGGGCAAGCAGGUAAGGUGGUCGAUGGCGACGGCUAGUGAUGCCGGCGGCUCGCUGCCCAUGUGGAUGCAGAAGAUGGGUAUUGCGGCGGCGGUGGUCAAGGACGUUGGCUUGUUUGUGGACUGGUGCGGCAAGACUCGCAAGUCAGGGAGCCAGGUGAGAUGUAUGUGCUGUCGGGCAUGAAACGUGACUACGCGGACAUGGUGUUGACCUUGUGAACAGAAUGACACGACGUUGUAAACGCGGGAGAGCAUGACACGAAUAGCCGACU